AUGUUAAAAUUAAAUAGAUUAUUUAGUUCUUAUUUUUAUCGACAAUCUAAUUUUAGAGCUUUAACUUUUUGUUUUGUUAAAUUAUCUAGUUAUAAUAGAAAUUCGUCUUCUUUUGAGAUAAUUGAAUCUAGUAAUGAAGUUAUAAAUCAAGCAAAUGUUGGUAUAAAAUAUAAAGGGUCAAUAGAAGCUUGUUUAAUUCAAGAAGAAUUACAGCUUGGAGAAAAUAAUAUAAUUCAAAUUUCAUUAAUACAAGGGAAAUCUGGCAAAAGAACAAUUAGUUUUGCAAGAAUGUUUAAAACAGAAAAUUCUGAAUGGAAAUAUUUACGUUUACCUAAUUUAUUAAUGCCAACUGAUGCUUACAAAUUUGUUAGAGCUUUGGAUAGAAUUAUUAUUGCUUGUAAUGGGGAAAAGAUUUUUGAUGAAUUUAAUUUAAACAAAAAAUUAGCAUUUGAAGAAAUAAUUACCGAUUUUUAUGAUAUUUCUCUUAUUUUAUUUCGAAAUGAGAAAGGCCAACUUGGAUUUAAAUUAAUUAAAAAAUUAAAGUCAGAAAAUAAAAUAAAUUCAAUUUUUAUCCCAAUUAAUUCCUUACUUUGGAUUCGAAAAAUAUUUGUUAAAAUACUUGAAGAAUUUGAUGGAAGUGAAAAAUUAAAAGAAUUAAGGGUUGAUUUAAAGAACUUUGAAUCUAAUGAAUUUAUAGAACAAAUAGAUGUUGUAAAUCCAAAAGGAGGGACAACUUUGGCUUCAGAUGAAUUGAAACUUGGGGAAAAUAAUAAAAUAAAAAUUGAAUUGAGAGAAGGAGUGUCGGGCAACAGAACUAUUCAAAUAAAGAAUGUUUAUAGAUUACAAAAUGAUAGUCAAUGGAGAGAUUUAUAUUUACCUAAAUUGUUAUUGCCAGAUGCUUUUAAUUUUGUUAAGGCUUUGGAUAAAAUUAUUAUUGCUUGUGAUGGGGAACGGGUUUUUGAUCUCUCAAGUAAGUUAUCCACAAUUAAUUAA